AUGAGUUCACCACUUUCACUUUCAUGUCUUCUCAUUCUCUUCAUUACUUCUCCCUCCAUGAGCACACCCACUUCUUCUUCUUCAAAAUCGUCUCUCGACCCGAACCAGACGAAAGCACUUGAAUCCCUCAACAUCCUCACCUCAACUGAUCCGUGUUCUGAACCUUCCUUCCACAAUGUAACUUUCUGUGACUCUGCGACACCCUUUCGUCAUCUUCUUUCUCUUUCGCUCUCUAAUUGUUCCUCUUAUCUCACUCUCACCUUCACUGCGUUGAAGUCUCUCUCAACUCUUCAAUCUCUUCACUUCCAAAACUGUCCUAUCGCUCCCAUCGCCUUCCCUUCCGAGCUCAUUGCUUCUCUCAGAUCCUUCGUCUGCAUUAACAGUUUCCGUAAGCUUACUGGCGUCUGGCUCUCACGCCUUGAGAAUCUCACAGACCUCACUGUGUCCAAUGUGCCUGUUAAUGCUUCUGGUCUUCUUGUGAUAAUUGGACGUAUGAAGAAACUCAAGUACAUCGCCAUUUCUUACGCCAAUCUCACUGGUUUUCUUCCAAACUUUAUAGAUUCUAACGUCACCCACAUCGAUUUCUCUGGUAAUCAGCUGAAAGGAAGUAUACCCACUUCAUAUACGAGGUUGGACAGUUUGGAAUUCAUGAGUCUUUCGUAUAACUCGCUGGAUGGUGAAAUACCCACUUCCAUUGGGGACUUAAUAUCCCUCAAAAACCUCUCUUUGGCUGCGAAUUCGAUUUCUGGACCCAUACCCGAUUCGGUUUCUGCCAUUCCUGGCUUGGUUCACAUGGAUCUGAGCUCAAACAAACUAAAUGGUUCGAUUCCCAGGUUCCUCUCGCAGAUGAAGAAUCUCAAGCAUUUGAAUCUGGCGAACAAUGAUCUUCAUGGGGUUUUGCCUUUCAAUUUGAGUUUCAUAGAGAGAUUGGAAGUGUUCAGAGUAAGUGGGAACAUUAAUUUGUGCUAUAAUCGUUCGAUUCUGUCAUCAAAACUGAAACUUGGUAUUGCUCCCUGUAAUAAGCAUGGAAUGCCCAUUUUGCCUCCACGAGGGAAGGAUCUUUCUUGGGAUGAUCCAAGUGAUUCAGAUUAUGAUGACUAUGAAGAGGAUGAUGCUAAGGAACGUCGUCAUUGGCCUAACAAGGUUGUUCUUGGUGUGUCAGUAGCGCUUUCUUCUAUUGGGAUUCUGGGAGCCGCGGCGGACAAGGUGGCGAGAGCUUACAAUGGAGCCGCGGACAAACGGGCAAGAGCUUACAAUACUUAUAAACAGGAAAAACUGAUCUGA